AUGAGGGAAACCUAUGGAACAUCUUCUAUCGUGGCAUUAGACCACAAGUACAAGCUUUCAUUGGAUACUGCAAGCAAUGGAAACUUCAUGACCAAGACUGUUGAUGAAGCUAAGGUUCUUAUUGAGAAUCUUGCAGCUAGUGAUUGUAACAACUGUCCUGAUUAUGACCGCUCAAGCCGCACCACUACUAGCUCCCCUGAUUCUUUUCAAAUGACUGAACUCAAGAACAUGAUGGCUCAAGUUCUUAAGGGACAGCUCAAGCAUAUCAAUGCAAUAGAAGGGAUGAGUGAUGCUAAUGAAGAUUCAUCAAGAGAAUGCAUGGGAGAUUUCUCUAAUGAAGCCAAUGAAGAAGAUGUGAACUACAUUGGAAACUAUGGGAACAAGGGAUACAAUCCAAGCUAUCGCCCAAACCCCAACAUGUCUUAUAGAAACCCCAAUGUGGAGAAUCCUCAAGACCAAGUGUAUCCUCCAAGGUAUCCACAACAACAAAGACCUCCUUACCAAUCUCAAGGAAGUCAAUUUCAGCCAAGGCAAGGAUAUGAGCAGAGAUCAUCAUAUCCGCCCAAGGAGCCAUAUGCUUCUUCACCAAAUCAAGCUCCUCCAAACCAACAAGGUGGGAGAUUUGAAGGAAUCCUCCAACAGAUCAUGGAUGGCCAGAAGAGAAACACUAAAGAGAUGUAUGAGAAGAUGGACACUUUGUUCAGCAAUCUCAACACCAAGUAUGAUGCUGUUGCCACUCAUGUGAAGAAACUAGAGACUCAAGUCACCAAACUAUGGAAGCUGUUAAGAGACAGGAAGCUGAAUCCAAGAAGUCCUUUUGCAACUCAGCCGCCAUAG